CUCCAUGCCCUCCGGUGUUACGGAACGUCCGCAUACAGAGAAUAAAACAAAUGCACUGGCUGAUGAUAACCUGGGACAAAGUUAACUGUUCCAAUGUUGAGUACUUGGCCAAAAUAACAGCCCAAAUUGGAAACAACCCACUAACGUUGAUGGACGUGUCUUCUUACUGGUUGGUGAGGCCGUACUUUGAGCUGCCGAUGCCUUGUAGCACACCUUACAACAUUACUUUGUUUGCCCGAAACUCUGGUGGAGUCAGCAAACCAUCCAGCGUCUUUUCUGGAUUCACAGUGCCCUGUGCUCCACAAAAUGUAAAGUACUCAGGUAACAAUCAGUCAGCUCUUCUGUCCUGGGAUGCAUCGGUGUUAGCUACGAAAUACAUGGUCUACAGCACGUCAGGAGGAAAUCGUGCAGUCCUCUGCAACACCACCAUGCUCGCCUGCUGGUUGACC